AUGGUGAUGAAGAAAUCAUCGAAUUUAUAUGAUAGUAAAUUGGUAGAGAGAAUUGAGAGUCUCGACUUCUCAGGCAAUGCUUAUUUGGAUGCCGACACCAUUGCCACCAAACUAAGAUCACAAUUCUCAGAGUACAAUAGAAAACAAUAUAAACCAUUCUUGACUCAAGUUGAAAGAGCCAUACAGGUUAUUAUGAAAUCAACUGAUGAAUAUAUUGAUGAUCCAGAGUUUGAUGAUGAUGAGAAUGUUGAUAAUAAUAACAAUAAUACAACACCAAAUACACCAAAUACAGUAGAAAUCAAUUUAGAUCAACCACCACAAGAUGAUAAAAUGAUGUCUGAAGAUGGACAUGAUAGUGACAUUGAAUUUAUAUCAGAAACAAAACUUAUUACUAAACAACAACAAAAUAACAAACAACAACAACAACAACAACAAAAUAAUAGUUUAAAUCAAACUAUUCUUUCAAACUAUUCAAAAUCAGAUUCGAAAUCUAAAUCGUUGACACCACCAACUACACCACCAGUUUAUGUUAGUAACAAUCCAUUGGGUAAGAGAUCAAGAGAUGUCGUAACAUCAACACCAACCACACCAAUAAAAUCAGAUACGGUAGCAGCAGAUCAACAACCACAAACACCAAACGAUACUCUAAAGAAACAACGUAGAUUAAAACAAUCGCAGACAUCGGUUGCCUCCGAUCGUAAUCCAUUGGCAACCUCAAAGGAUUCAUCGUCGCUUGCAAAGGUCGGAACUAUUCCAUCGGUCGACUUUUCGAAUAUGGGUGGUAUCGAACAGGUUCUCAAGGACAUCAGAGAGCAAAUCGAAUAUCCAAUCAAUCAUCCAGAGGUUUACAGACAUCUAGGUGCCGAUCCUCCAAGAGGUAUACUACUACACGGUCCACCAGGCACCGGUAAGACACUGCUGGCCAACGCCAUUGCCGGUGAACUCAAAAUUCCACUCAUCUCUAUCUCAGCACCCGAGAUUGCAAGCGGUCUCUCUGGUGAAUCGGAAUCAAAGAUUCGUGGACUAUUCGCAUCGGCACAGGAACAAGCACCGUGCAUUGUAUUCAUCGAUGAAAUCGAUGCCAUCGCACCGAAACGUGAGAAUGCAUCGAAAGAGAUGGAGCGUCGUAUCGUCGCCCAACUCCUCACAUGUAUGGAUUCAUUGAAUAUGCGUGCAUCAACAAGUAAUACCAAUUAUCAAUCAACAAGAUCAUCAAAUAUCAAUGAGCAACAACAACAACAACAACAAUCAACAAAUAGUAAUAAUAAUAAUAAUAAUAAUGAACAACAACAACAACAAAUAGAAUCAAUUGUUCAGAAAAAUAAUGGACAUAUUAUGGUUAUUGGUGCAACUAGUAGACCGGAAUCUAUUGAUCCAGCUUUGAGAAUGGGUGGUAGAUUCGAUAGAGAGAUGGCGUUGGGUGUACCAGAUUUGGUUGCAAGAGAAAAGAUACUGAGGGUUCUCACUUCGAGAAUGCGAUUGAGUAAGGAUUUCGAUUAUCAGGAGAUUGCUUCGCUGACACCUGGUUAUGUCGGUGCCGAUGUGAAUUUGCUGGCAAAGACCGCUGCAACCUUUUCGAUUGUACGUGCAUUCUCUCAAGCCAACAUGGAUACACCAGAGAAAAUGAAACAGCCUUUCGAUGCCAGCCAACUCGAUCAACUCUACAUUGAGAUGGCAGACUUUAAGAAUGCAGUGAAGAAAGUUCAACCAUCGGCCAAAAGAGAAGGUUUUGCAACCAUACCCAAUGUUACAUGGGACGAUAUCGGAGCGCUUCGUUCAAUUCGUGAGGAACUCACCAAGACUAUUCUCCGUCCGAUUAGACAUCCUGCAACCUACAAGGGUCUUGGUAUCGAUUCGCCAGCCGGUGUACUCAUGUACGGUCCACCCGGUUGUGGUAAAACUCUGCUAGCUAAAGCAAUCGCAAGUGAAUGUCAGGCAAAUUUCAUAUCUGUUAAAGGUCCUGAAUUGUUGAAUAAAUAUGUUGGUGAGUCUGAAAGAGCGGUUCGACAAGUUUUCCAGAGAGCAUCUGCUUCCGCGCCGUGUGUAAUAUUUUUUGAUGAGUUUGAUGCGCUGGCGCCAAAGAGAGGAACCGACGGUGGAAAUCAAGCGACCGAGAGAGUUGUCAAUCAGCUGCUAACAGAGAUGGACGGUUUGGAGAAGCGUUCAGAGGUGUUUAUCGUCGCUGCAACCAAUCGUCCCGAUAUCAUUGACAGUGCCAUGCUCAGACCUGGUCGUCUCGACAAGUUGUUGUAUGUUCCACUGCCAUCGCCAGAGGAGAGAGUCGAAAUCCUAAAGACUGUCACUGCCAAGAUUCCGUUGGAUGCCGACGUCGAUUUGGCAGCGGUCGGUACCGAUUCGAGAUGUCAUGCAUUCAGUGGUGCCGAUCUUUCAUUGUUGGUUAAAGAGGCAGCCAUGUCAGCGUUGGACAAGGUAUUUGAACGUCAGGAAGAUGCCGACGCCAAAGAAACUGUCAAGCCUAAAGUAUCGAUGGAUGACUUUACAUAUGCACUCAACAAGACCAAACCAUCUGUAUCGAAAAAGGAUGAACUUAUGUAUGAUAGAUUGAAUUUGAAUAUUAAACAAACAAGAGAUCAAAUUGCAAAAGAAAAGAAAAAACCAGUUUCAACAAUAACACCAACACCAACAACAAAUUCAAAUAAUAAUGAUCAAAAUGGAACAGAUAAAGUAGCUACAAAUGAUAAAGAUCCAAUGGUAUUAGCAUAA